ACAAGACCAAAGCGCAUGCUGUAUCCAGGCUGGAAGGGCGACCGGGCCAUGGAAGGGGUGGCUCCAACAAGUGUCCCUCUCAGUCAGCAACAACGCUUCGUCCGGUUCGGUAUGGCUUCGGGAGCUCUGACGGUCCAGGCCGAUUCGGCCACGCUCGAGUACAAUAUCGUGACCCUUUUCGAAAAGCUGGAGGAGCUUCGACGAGAGGCGCCUAUCACGCCGAGGCUCCUGCCACCUAAAGCAGAGCUUCGCACACUCGAAUUCUGGAGAAGCAUAAUUUCAGAGUGCUUGGCUUCUUUCUUUUAUGUAUUCACAGUCUGCGGGGCUGCUGCCGGCGUCGCUUCUGGAGGAUCGACGGCUCAGACCAUACUCGCCGCAGCCUUCGCUUCCGGAUUCUCAAUAGCUGCUCUUACACAAUCUUUUGGACAUAUCUCAGGAGCUCAUGUUAAUCCUUCCAUCAGCAUUGCCAUGGCGUUGACGAGGAAUAUUUCUAUUCUGAGAGGAGUGAUGUACGUCGUCGCCCAGUGCGGGGGCGGGAUCGCCGGUGCAGCGCUCCUUUAUGGGGUUACGCUGCCUGGCAGACAAAGCACGUUAUCAGCGACAGUCGCUCAGCUGCCGGUCCACCUUUCGCCUUGGGAACGCUUCGGUCUCGAGCUUAUUUUGACGUUUGUCGUAGUUUUCACUUACUUCGUUACAAUGGACAACCAUAGGAAAUGGCUCGGCGGGACUUCACUGAGUAUCGGAUCCGCCUACCUUGCCGCAAGUAUCGUAUCCAUGCCAUUUUUGAACCCUGCUCGAGCCCUGGGACCUGCCUUUGUCAUGAACAAAUGGGACAACCACUGGGUGUACUGGUUUGGCCCAAUUUUUGGAGGUAUAACAGCAGGUCUCAUAUACGAGUUUAUAUUCAAUCCGAGGAGGCAUUUCAAGAGGUCAAAAGACUCGAUAGAUGGAGACUCAUCUAGUAUCCAUUCCGAUGAAGAUACUUAUGAUGAGCUCGACAAGCCGAGAUCUGCUUACAACACUCUCCGCCCAAUGCAAUCUGGUGCAGAAGUCUAUAGACCAGUUGCAACCGCAGCUUCCCCAUCUGGACAAGGAUAUUGCAGUGCGAAUAUGGUUCAAGCAAGCCUUUAUGCUGCACCUCCAUGCAAGCUUGACAGGGUGGAAUCUUUAUACGGUGGAACUAAGUCUCUAUACUGCAAAUCACCCCCAUUGACAAGAGCUAACUUGAAUAGGUCACAGUCAGUUUAUUCAAAGUCAACAGGACCUCCAAUGCUUCACAGACCAGAAGCUGGUGCCCCACGACCUGGACCCCUUGUGCCAGCUCAGAGUCUUUAUCCAAUGAGGUUAAAUUCUGUCCAGACAACGGGGACGAACACAGUCGCUGCAAAUCAGAAUCAGCAAAACCAACAGAGGCUCGGUGCAGAAGGUAUUUAUGGAACUAGGCCUCCGGCAGGAGAAAGAAUUUAUAGGAAACUACCAGGAAGGCCGGAAAGUGUUUAUGGCCAAAGACAGCAGCCUCAACAGGAACAAGUUGAACAGAAUUAUCAGUUUCAGCAAGGAGGCCAACCACAACCCAGAGGUGCAGCCAACUAUGCACCGGUUCCUAAACCGAUUGCUUACCAUCCAGUUCAACAACAGCAGCCCCAGAGACCACAAGAUGAACUCGGAAUUCCUUCCAGCCAGGGUGGCCCUCCACCGUACCAGCAACAACGUGAAUCACCAAAUCCUCAAUAUAUCCAACAAAGAGAAUCACCGAGUCAACAAUAUGUGCAGCAGCAGAGGGACUCACCUAACCCCCAGCAGUACAGGGAAUCACCAAAUCCACAGUUCUCUAGGACGGACACUCAGCAGGAAUCACCAAAUCAGCAAUAUUGACCUCGGCUUAUUUAUUUUCCAAAAUCGAUUAGUGUCAGUAAUGUCAGAUGUCUCAGGGUAUAGCAAAACGAGUAUGGCUCCCUGGGACAGGAGCCAACAAGUUUGUAUCCACAAUGUAUAUACGAAACUUCCUAACUUUGUACAUAUGUAUUAUUUUCUUAUAAUUUACUAUUGUAAAUAUUAGCAAUUUUUGUGGACAGGGUCCAUUCUGAGAGAAAAAGAGUACAAUUUUUUUGCUAACAAUAAAAUGUAUAUACUGUUCAAAAAAUGUGUAAUGUUUAAUUUAAUGAAAUAAAAUGCAUUUAUGUAUACAUAAUUUAAAUAACCAAAGAGAGUGUUCCAAUUUGAUUUUUUUCGUAUAAAAUUGGGAAAUUUCUAGAACUGCAUUUCAUAAACUCUUAUGGGUUUUGUUACCUAUAAUUUAUUGUCUUCCUAAAUUAAAAAUUAUUAUAUGAGCCUAACAAAUGUUUAUACUGGCAAAGAAGGACAUUUAUUAAUGAUGCCUUGAACAUUAUUUAAAUAAGAGGAGAUUACAUAAUUUCAAACAAUUCAAAUGUACAUAGCUAUUCCGAGAACUAAGAGAAUGUUUGUACUGUAGUUUAUUUAACAUAGGAUGAUAGCACAUUUAAAGAAUAGUAUUUUAUAACUAUAGACAAUGUUUGCUAUUAAUAGGUAUUUAAAGUUUCUUUUUGUAAUAAAUUUUUAUAAUAAAGUCUGUCUUUUUUCAGUUA